GAAAAAGCAGGAAAGACAGCAUUAAAGAGAUUGAGACACCUGGUUUCUUAUUGAUGGAGGGGACUGGGAGACACUCAGGGAGCAUGACUUCGGCCACUUCACCUAUCAUUUUGAAAUGGGACCCCAAAAGUUUGGAAAUAAGAACUCUGACAGUGGAGAGAUUGCUGGAACCCCUUGUCACACAGGUGACGACCCUGGUCAAUACAAGCAACAAGGGUCCAUCAGGGAAAAAGAAAGGGCGAUCUAAGAAAGCUCACGUGUUAGCAGCGUCUGUGGAACAGGCUACCCAGAAUUUCUUGGAAAAAGGUGAACAGAUUGCUAAAGAAAGUCAAGAUCUCAAGGAAGAACUGGUCACUGCUGUAGAGGAUGUGCGCAAACAAGGUGAAACCAUGAGAAUUGCCUCUUCAGAAUUUGCUGAUGACCCAUGUUCGUCAGUGAAGCGUGGCACCAUGGUGCGAGCUGCCCGAGCUCUGCUCUCAGCUGUUACUCGUUUGCUCAUUUUAGCUGACAUGGCCGAUGUCAUGAGACUUUUAUCUCACUUGAAAAUCGUUGAAGAAGCUCUGGAAGCUGUGAAAAAUGCUACAAAUGAGCAAGACCUUGCAAAUCGCUUUAAGGAGUUCGGAAAAGAGAUGGUGAAAUUGAACUAUGUAGCUGCCAGAAGACAGCAGGAACUGAAGGACCCUCACUGUAGGGAUGAGAUGGCAGCUGCCCGAGGGGCUCUGAAGAAGAAUGCCACUAUGCUGUACACAGCAUCCCAAGCAUUUCUCCGUCACCCAGAUGUGGCUGCCACAAGGGCCAAUCGGGACUACGUGUUCAAACAAGUCCAGGAAGCGAUUGCUGGCAUUUCAAAUGCAGCUCAGGCUACUUCACCCACUGAUGAAAACAAAGGGCACACUGGCAUUGGAGAGCUGGCAGCUGCCCUCAAUGAGUUUGACAACAAGAUCAUUUUAGACCCCAUGACAUUCAGCGAGGCUCGCUUCAGACCAUCUCUAGAAGAAAGGUUGGAGAGCAUUAUCAGUGGUGCAGCGCUGAUGGCAGAUUCUUCUUGUACUCGUGAUGACCGUCGGGAGAGAAUUGUAGCCGAGUGUAACGCAGUCCGACAGGCCCUCCAGGAUCUGCUCAGUGAAUACAUGAAUAAUACUGGAAGGAAAGAAAAAGGAGAUCCUCUAAACAUUGCUAUUGAUAAGAUGACCAAGAAAACGAGAGAUCUAAGGAGACAGCUUCGAAAGGCAGUGAUGGACCAUAUAUCAGACUCAUUCCUGGAAACCAAUGUCCCGUUGCUAGUACUUAUUGAGGCUGCCAAGAGCGGGAAUGAGAAAGAAGUCAAGGAGUACGCUCAAGUUUUCCGUGAACAUGCCAAUAAGCUGGUGGAGGUUGCCAACUUGGCCUGUUCCAUUUCCAAUAAUGAGGAAGGAGUGAAGUUAGUCCGGAUGGCAGCAACCCAGAUUGAUAGUCUAUGUCCCCAGGUCAUCAACGCUGCCCUUACACUAGCCGCCAGACCCCAGAGCAAAGUCGCUCAAGAUAAUAUGGACGUCUUCAAAGAUCAGUGGGAGAAGCAAGUUCGAGUUCUGACAGAGGCUGUGGAUGAUAUCACAUCAGUGGAUGACUUCCUGUCUGUCUCAGAAAAUCACAUUCUGGAAGAUGUGAAUAAGUGUGUGAUUGCACUCCAAGAAGGGGAUGUUGAUACUUUGGACCGGACAGCAGGUGCGAUUCGUGGCCGGGCAGCCCGAGUCAUCCACAUCAUCAAUGCAGAGAUGGAGAACUAUGAAGCUGGAGUUUAUACUGAAAAGGUGCUAGAAGCUACAAAAUUGUUGUCUGAGACAGUUAUGCCACGAUUUGCUGAACAAGUGGAGGUGGCCAUUGAAGCUUUGAGUGCCAAUGUGCCUCAGCCUUUUGAAGAGAAUGAGUUCAUUGAUGCCUCCCGCCUGGUGUAUGAUGGAGUCCGAGACAUCAGGAAAGCCGUUCUCAUGAUUCGGACUCCUGAAGAAUUAGAAGAUGAUUCAGACUUUGAGCAGGAAGACUAUGACGUUCGCAGCCGGACCAGUGUGCAGACUGAGGAUGACCAGCUCAUUGCUGGACAGAGUGCACGGGCCAUCAUGGCUCAGCUACCCCAAGAGGAAAAGGCAAAAAUAGCCGAGCAGGUGGAAAUCUUCCAUCAGGAGAAGAGCAAGUUGGAUGCCGAAGUAGCUAAAUGGGAUGACAGUGGCAAUGACAUCAUCGUCCUGGCCAAGCAGAUGUGUAUGAUCAUGAUGGAAAUGACAGACUUUACGAGAGGGAAGGGUCCAUUGAAAAACACCUCUGAUGUCAUUAAUGCUGCCAAGAAAAUUGCUGAAGCUGGUUCACGAAUGGACAAAUUAGCCCGAGCUGUGGCUGACCAGUGUCCUGAUUCUGCGUGCAAACAGGAUUUAUUAGCCUACCUUCAACGAAUUGCCUUGUAUUGCCACCAGCUUAAUAUCUGCAGCAAGGUCAAGGCAGAAGUACAGAACCUGGGCGGAGAGCUUAUUGUAUCAGGGCUGGAUAGUGCCACAUCCCUCAUCCAGGCAGCCAAGAACUUGAUGAAUGCUGUGGUUCUCACCGUGAAAGCCUCCUACGUGGCCUCCACCAAAUACCAGAAGGUCUAUGGGACAGCCGCUGUGAACUCCCCUGUGGUGUCGUGGAAGAUGAAAGCUCCUGAGAAAAAGCCCUUAGUGAAGCGAGAAAAACCAGAAGAAUAUCAGACAAGAGUUAGAAGAGGCUCUCAGAAGAAACACAUUUCUCCUGUACAGGCUUUAAGUGAAUUUAAAGCAAUGGAUUCCUUUUAAGACACUAGGCUUUACUAGGGAAAAAAAAAAGGUUUUCUUUUGUUUGCUUUUUUUUGUUUCUAAUCCUUUUUGUAUAUGUACCUGCUGACUUAUGUGCCUCUGGCAUGGGGAAAAGCUAAUGAACCAGUAUCAGUUUGCAUGUGACACGAGAUCAGAUCAGACAGAAUCAACUCAUGGACAGCUUGAGUGGGCAAGACGAUCUUGUCCAAAGCUGACAGAAAGUACUCUUGAAAUGCCUACGUAGAAUUGGCCAA